UGGCUUUAUUAUUGGCGAGAUGGAGUAAACUACUAAUUAGAACAACGGUCUUGUAGAUAAGGACGGAACGAACCCUGGGCAGACAUUAUGAUGAUAAAUGGCGGCCAUGAGGACAUCUACCAGGCCUCAUCGUUGAGCAAGCAAUAUCUGCGUUUGACUCGAGUUCUGCACAACUCUCGCCUGCUGUAGAAGGCUUUGCACUUCUUAUCCAUUCUGAUCAUCUGUACCUACCUACCUACCUACCUACCUAUUCGUAUAUAUCCACCAUGGCAACUGCAGCAAUGAUGCCAGCCUCGGUUGAUCCUAAACAAAAAUGGAUCCCAAUAAUCAAGACGCCUGAUCUGUCGCAGGUUGGAAAUGAUGAUUUCAACCCUGCACGACACCUUUCCUUCAAGGAGCUCCCGAAGGUAUAUACCAUGAAAGAACUGGGCUUCGACGAGGACGCAGGAGUAUCUCCAAUUGCUGUCUCAGAGCCCUUCCCGCUAUUCACAGAAGAAGCUGUUAUGCGGAUGAGAAAAGAGGUCUUGAGCCAUGAAGUACUCAGUAACUGCCAAUACUCUAGCAACUUAGCGCAGUGCCAACUUAGGGGUUUUGCAAACAAGUAUGCACCUUUCGUAUACGACGUAUGGAAGAGCCCAGAAACGCUGGAGAUCAUCUCCAAAAUCGCAGGUAUCGAGUUAGUGACGGAAAUGGACUUCGAAAUCGGUCACAUCAAUAUUUCAGUCAAGACCGAGGCAGAGAAGCAGGAGGAAAUCCGGGCAUUCAACGAUCGUGCCCAGUACGAAGCCGACGAGGGCAUCGCGGGCUGUCCCUGGGAGGAUGAUCAGCCCAUAGUAGACUGGCACACUGACAGCUACCCCUUUGUAUGCGUGACUAUGCUUAGCGACUGCACGACAAUGAUUGGUGGCGAGACGGCGCUUCGUACUGGUUCAGGAGAUAUUAUGAAAGUACGAGGUCCACAGAUGGGAUGCGCAGUAGUACUCCAGGGUCGGUAUAUCGAACACCAAGCGCUACGGGCACUCGGCACAGCAGAACGCAUAAGCAUGGUGACUUCGUUCCGGCCGCGAUGCCCCAAAGUACGCGACGACACAGUCUUAACAACUGUGAGACCUAUUUCCAACCUCCUGGAGCUGUACAAUCAAUUCAGCGAGUACCGUCUUGAGAUACUGGAGGAGCGCAUCCGCCAGCAGUUGAAAGAGAUACGUGAGGCUAAUGGUGCUGGUCGCAAGGUUGCUACACGCAAGCUCAAGGCAUUUUUUGAGGAACAAGAAAAGUUCCUUGCCCAUAUGAAUCGCGAAAUGGUCGACGAUGAAAAUGUCAUCAUUGGAAACAUCGAUGAUAGUCAUCUGCUUAAAAAGAAGGCUGAGGCGACGACUAAAAAAGCCGAGUCCAAGUCCAAGAAACGCCCGCGGCGUUCCUAAAAAUACGGUUGCAAUUUCGAAAAAUGGUGGAAAUUGUACAUUUGUUUCUUACGUCGCUCGAUUAUGUUGUAUCCAUGAAUCUGUCAGCGGGGAAAAGGUGAUGCGAAUAGUAGCUAUGAGGUGAGCUACGUGGUGGUGUACGUGGUGUAUUUGUUAG